ACACCGCCCACACCAACCCACCCCCCACUACUGACACGGCCGACUGCUCGAGGGGCAUGGGCAGUGUUGAUUGAAACGCUGAAACUGUUCGCUCUUUUUUUCUUUUGCAUAGCAGGCGCAUCCUUCUCUUCGCCCCUCCGCUAUUAGGGAGAGGACAUUCCAUACAUUGUCAAAAUGUGGGACGGACUCUUCAUGUUGCUCGCGCUGAGCACGGUAAUGGGCAUUGCCUCAUUUCUUGCCGGCAUCCUUCCUCUCUCCUUUAACCUGUCCACCCGCCAACUGCGCACCAUGACUCUCCUUGGCACCGGUGUGCUAGUGGGAACAUCGCUGAUCGUUAUCAUUCCCGAGGGCAUUGAGACCAUGUACAGUGCGGGAAUGAAGACGCAUGCGCACUCGCGUAGUGUGCGCAGUGUGGCCCAGCCUGCCAUUCUAUCAGCGAGGAGUCUGCAAGGAGACCUACUACACGCGCCCGAGUUUCCCGCAUGGAAGAGGGCAGACCAGGUAGAAACAAAGAACCUUGGCGGAGCCGUUGAAUUGCAGAUGAACAAGGCCAAGUAUACACGGCAGACGGAGAAGCCUACCGAUGACCCACAUCCACAAAAGGGAGGAGACGACGAUUCUACAGAAGGCCACAAGGAGGGACACACUCGUGUCCACGCACCCGAGGAUGAGGAAAAGCCCCAUGGCCAUGCUGAGGCCGGCCAUGACGACGGAUCGAGCCCGCAUGCAUACAUUGGAGUCGCGUUGAUCCUCGGCUACAUUCUCAUGUUCCUGGUCGAACAUCUCCCAGAAGCCUUGGCCUCUGGACAGCCCGAAUACCAGCCCAUGCAUAUCUCUCUUUCUAACCUGGCGCGCGGACCGCACAAUUCCUCUUCGUUGAGCGUGAAUGGAAUGGGCAUGCAGAGCGCGGCUGUUACGCCCCUGGCUACACCAGGGCUUCCCCCACCACCUACCAAGAAGACGCCAGCAGCCACCAUUGGUCUCGUAGUCCACGCCUGUGCUGACGGAAUCGCUCUGGGUGCUUCGUCGACCGCUGAGUCCACAUCACUGUCCCUGGUCAUCUUCUUUGCUAUUAUGCUCCACAAGGCGCCUGCUGCAUUUGGUCUUACAUCUGUUCUCCUCAAACAAGGCCUAUCCAAGCGCAAGGCGCGAACUCACCUCGCCUUCUUCAGCUUAGCAGCUCCCGUUGGUGCUCUAGCUACCUGGACUAUUGUCCAUAUAUUCGGACGCAACCACCUGGGAGGCGAAGAGGGACUGACGUGGGCAACGGGCUGGGUACUCUGCUUCUCUGGAGGAACUUUUCUUACGCGUGACAGAUAUGUCGCUAUGCACUCUAUGGCCGAUGCAACCGCCUCGCAACACGCCCAUGAAGAUCCGACUGCAAACGGCUACAUGGAAGCCUACUCUGGAUCCAACCGCAUGUCCAAGACAGACGUCAGCAUCGUCAUGCUUGGCAUGCUACUUCCCCUCAUCACGCAAAUAGGCCAUGCUCAUUCCCACGGCCAUUAG